AUGAAAAGCUUACAUCAGCCGCCAUGCAAAAAGAGGAAACCAAAUGGUGACGACGCGUCCAUUGAAUCCUUAGAGGACAUUCUUGUCAAGAAGAAAAGAGAAGUAGAAUCCUUACAGGACCUUCUUGUCAAGAAGAAAAGAGAAGUAGAAGAAUUGGAAAAUCAGAUCAUGUUGCGAAAGGCCAGUUGCGCCGAGAAGCAAGGCAUCGAUAUCUUGAUGGACUCUCUCCUCCGUUACAUUGUGAAUUUCCUAACACCAAAAGAAAUCUUUGCUUGUUUGCACAUCUCCAAACACUGGAACAGAGUGAUCGAUGACCCAAGAGCUUGGAAAGGGGUUGCCAAGAGUCACCAUGAUCGAUUUGUGGCUCACAUGGAAUCCCUGGAAACUGUUGUGGAUUAUAAGAGACUCGUGAAGAGACUCGCCGCCAACACACCUGAGCGUUCAUGGCGGGGAGACGUUGAUGCCCCCGUCGACAAUGAUUCUCUGCCAACCUUGGCGGCCAAGGACCUCUUUUUGCUCAUUCAUGUAAAGGAUAAGGCAACUGGUAAAGAAAUUGAUUUUCGGUGCAAGAGUUUCGAAAGCAUGAUCGAACACAACGGCAGUCACCAUAUGGAGUUUGAUCAAAUUCCAGAAUCAGAGUGGCAGAAAACAAGUCUCCCAAUACAUAUCACUGGAGACUAUAACGACCACUUCGAGGGAGGGGCUGGUUCUGUGAAUGGAAUUCCAAAGGCAGUCGCGGAUAGUAUUCUCGUGACUGCCCGACUGUGGCGCCAAGACGAACAGCAGGCACUUUGCUUAUGCCAUAGUGAAGAAGCAAAGGAGCGACAGAAGUUCUGCACGUCACAUACUGUUCUGACUUCCUUUCCUAGCCGCAGAUCCAACUCCGAUGCCGUUGUGGCAAGGAUGAACGCCUGGCAUUUUGCCAUUGCAUGUUCCAUCAAGUGCCGAAUUGGGCGCGUCUUGCCAGACGGCGAUAUCGCAUAUGAUCUGGAUGCUUGGAAGAAUGCUCGCUACUUUCUGCGCUCGGUGGAUUUCAAGCUGAGUUACUACAACCUAGGUAGACAAACCGGCUUGGGGUCUGUGGAAAGGCUUCUCGCUUUGUUGAAUGUGCUGGAUUGGGAAUAA